AUGGCGCGGGGGCUCGGGGAGGGUCCGCUCCGUCCGUCGGUCCGUGUGUCUGCCGCUGCCCACGCCCUCCUGCGGCCGCCGCGCGAGCUCGGGCGAGUGGCAAAGUUGGGGCCGGGCGGCCGCUGCGGCAGCGCGAGCCGAGAGGCUGCCAGUGCCCGGCGGCGCGGGGAGGAGCGGGCGGGGCGCGGCGCCGCGGAGGGGACGGCGCACGGGGGAGGGGACGACGGGGGAGGGGCGAGGGAGGGCGGCGCCGCCGAGUGCCCCGCGCUCCGGAAUGACCGUGAGCAAAUAUUGGGGACCGUGGCACUGGCACUGUUAGAGGACUGGUGCUGGAUAAUGAGUGUGGAUGAGCAGAAGUCACUGAUGGUCGUGGGGAUACCUGUGGACUGUGAUGAGGCUGAGAUCCAGGAGGUCCUGCAGGAGACUUUAAAAUCUCUGGGCAGGUAUAGAUUGCUUGGCAAGAUAUUCUGGAAGCAGGAGAACGCCAGUGCUGUCUUAUUAGAGCUCAUGGAGGACACUGAUGUCUCAAUGAUUCCAAAUGAGGUUCAGGGAAGGGGGGGAGUCUGGAAAGUGAUCUUUAAGACUCCUAAUCAGGACACUGAAUUUCUUGAAAGACUGUACCUCUUUCUAGAAAAAGAGGGGCAGAUGGUCGCGGGUAUGUUCCGAGCCCUUGGGCACGAGGGAGUGUCCUCAGCCACGGUACCCUGCAUAUCACCGGAGCUAUUGGCCCAGUUGUUGGGACAGGCAAUGGCACAUGCCCCUCAGCCCCUGCUGCCCAUGAGAUGCCAGAAACUGAGAGUGUUCUCAGGGAGCUCUGUGCCCGCCCCUGAGGAAGAGCCCUUUGAGAGCUGGUUGGAACAGGCCACUGAGAUAGUCAAAGAGUGGCCAGUAGAAAAAAAGAGAAGAGAGGCAGAGAAGAAAAGGUGGCUGAUGGAAAGCCUGCGUGGCCCUGCCCUGGACCUCCUGCAUAUCGUGCAGGCAGACCCGUCAAUCAGCGUGCGGGAGUUGGAGGUGUUUAAACAAGUGUUUGGGAGCCUGGAGAUCUGCAGGACCUCCCAGGUGCGGUAUCUAAAAAUCUAUCAGGAGGAGGGGGAGAAAGUCUCAGCCUAGGUGUUAUGGUUAGAGACGCUGCUCCGGAGAGCAGUGGAGAAACGGGCCAUCCCUAGGAAUAUCGCGGACCAGGUCCGCCUGGAGCAGGUCAUGGUCGGGGCCAGCCUUAACAAGGUCCUCUGGUGCCAGCUCAGGGAACUGAAGGAUCAGGUCCCGCUUCCCAGUUUCCUUGAGCUGGUGAAGGUAAUACGGGAAGAGGAGGAGGAAGAGGCCUCCUUCGAAAAUGAGAAUACCGAGGAGCAGGAUGAAGGGGAUGGCUAUGGCCGCUGGGAUAAUGAGGGAGAUGAUUAA